AUGGCCAUGGCCAGCACCCGCGCCUGCGUUUUGCCUAUGCUGCUCGCCGUGGCAGUGCUUCUCCUCGUCGAACAAAUCGCUCUCUCGUCGGCAGACUUCCCUCUCGGCGGCCAGGCCACGGUGCAGCUGCCUCCGGCGCCCUGCCAGCCGGGCUUCGCCGCGAGGGCGGUGGUGCUCGACACCCAGGGCCAUCGGCAGCCGGCCUUUGUCGCUGCCGUGAGCGCCGCCGAGGCCGGCGCGGGGCGGUGCACGUGCUCGCUGGUCGUCCUCCUGGGCGGCGUUAAGGUCUGGGCCUCCGACCAUCUCGAGAAGUUCGUGCCGGCCGCCCUGUGCCGGCUUGAGCUCACGGAGGACGGCCAGCUGCGGCUGACGGACGGCGCCGGGAAAGUCGGGUGGCUGUCCGGCACGGCGGGGCAAGGCGUCAAGGCGCUGCACUUGGAUCGCAAGACCGGCAACCUCAUCCUCCUCGACGCCCAGAACUGCAUCAGGUGGCAAAGCUUGGAUGAUCCGACGGACACAUUCCUACGCGGCCAGCAGCGCAGACUGCCCGUGCACUUGAUCGCACCCACGACAAAGGCGGCGGCGGCGUCCUCGGUGUUCUACUCCUUGGAGCUUGACGGCGACAAGGUAGCUGCCUACAUCAACUUCGGGGAUACCAGGUACUCCUACUGGGAGCUCCCCUCUCCAGCCAACCGCACGAUGGCAUCGGCGAGGCUCAACGGGUCUGGGCUGAGAUUGCUGGACCUGCAGGGAGCGACGGUGGCGCAGAUCACGCCGCCGGUGAAGAAACCGCCGGUAAGCUUCCUUGCGCUGGCCGGCGACGACGGCAACCUGGUGAUGUACUACUAUGACACUCAGCACCAGAAGUUCAGGGCCUCGUACAAGGCGCUCGGGUUCUGCGAGCUCCCGCUCUCCUGCAGCAUCCACGAGGUGUGCUCAUCCGCCGGGAAAUGCAAGGACUUCUCCGACUACGCCGACCGGCCGCCGGCGCGCGCCGCCGGCAACGCCAGCAGCAGCAGCAGCAACCCCUGUGAAGGGGACGGCGAUAAAGCGUGUAUGGUCCACUUGAGGGGCGUCACCACGGUGCUCCGGACUGCGUCGCCGGCGCUUACCAACGUGACGCUCCGGGAGUGCGUGGUGGAGUGCGCGCGCAACCUCUCGUGCAACGCCGCACUCUACGUGAAGGAUGACGCCGGCGGCGUCGCUGCGGCAGCUGAUGACCACGGCGUGUGUUCGCACUACACGCUGACGGCGGGGGCAAGGGAGGUGACCGACGGGAGUCACCUCCGGUACAGCUACUGGGUGAAGUUCCCUGCAGCAGCAGGUGGAGGGGACGACGACGACGACGACGACGAUAGCUCUCUCGGCAAGCUUAGCACUGGCACGAUAUUGAUGAUAUGUGGGGCGAUCGACGUGGUGUGCGCCGUGGUGUUUGUGGUGCUCAUAGCCAUGUAUUUUCGUCGCCUUCGUCGGCUGGCGGCCGCGGUGGACAGAGUCGUCGAGCUCCAAGAAGGCGCGGCUGAGGGCGUCGGGGAGCAAAACGACACCGACGGUAAUGGGUCCGGACACAACUGA